CCUCUUCAGAUUGAGCAACAGCUACAAGUAUGUGCUUCUAGUCAGUUAGCAAAAUAGUGAGCUAGCAAUCACCGGCAAACUGCAACUGCACAACGAUGGGCUAGCUAAUAAAAACGAUUUGAUAAGGUUUUGUGAACACACACAUAAGCUAUAACAGUUGCCUAAACUUGCUUUAUUUUGACGUCAUGUCUUCUAGAAAGCGUAAAAGACACUACAAGGAUAUAAAGUGUGUUUUCUUUCCGGAUGAUGUCCAAAAUGGUUUACAAAAAGUUCGGAGGGAGCCAACAUCACUUUCAUCUGUGUCUUCCGCCAAGAGCUGGGAGAAGUGUGGAGACAGCUUUCUGGACUCUCCAGUGAUAAAGAACCUCAAGUCGUCAGGAAGGAAACUGUCUGCCAUUAGAAAGUUGGCACAGUCCUCUUUUUCAGUGCAGACCAGUGCCGUUCGCUGUAAUGAGGACUCAGUGCACAUUGCGUGGAGCUCCAGUGACAGUGAACAGUCUGAUGAUGAGGCCCAGGAACAACAUCUGUCCAGAGUUGUGGCUCAGCAGCAACAACGUCCUCAGAGACCAGGGAGACCCACAGCUCCCAUUCAGUCUUACACGAGAGCGCUGCGCAUGCUCAGCACUGAUAAAGAUAACCUUCCUGUUAUUGACACAGACAGUGAUCUGGAUGAAUCUGAGGAAGAUGUUGAAAAGGACAGUGGGCAACAAAUCUCUGACUGUGAGUCUGAGUCCUUUGAUGGAAAACCAGAAGAUUUACCCCUUAAACCUUCAAAGAUGACAGAGCUAGAGAUAUCAGGCUACGUGUCUGACGGUGAAAAUGUUGGCGGCACAGUGGCCUUGAACAGACUGGACUUCGAGAGCUUUUCUCUCCAAACCGGUGAAGGCAGCAAAAGGUCAGUCAGUGACUGGGUCAGAUCUGCUCAGGCGAUGCUGCAGACGCCUCAGAAACCGUUCGACAGACAGUCCAAGACUCCCGAAGACUCUGCCAAGAAGAAAAGGAAAUUUCAAUGUGGUGGUCUUGCUGAGAGGCUGAAUCGACUCCAGUGCAGACAGAGGUCAGCUAUUAGCUUCUGGAGGCACCAGUCCAUCUCUGACACCUCAACAACAACAACAGUGGACAGGCCUGGCGUACUGGUGCUGGAGGUGCUUGAGGUUCAGGAGGAGUGCAGCUUGCAACUGGUGCACUGUGAGCACCACCAGCCCCCUGGAGAGGGCCACCAACACAGUAACCCUGUUUCUGAGGAGAGAGCUCGUAUCCUGGUGUUAUUCAACAGAGAGACCGCAGCCCAGCUGAUUCCUGCACCCGGAGAUAUCCUCCACAUAUACCCACCAUGGCAAAGUCUGUCCAUAGAGGGUUUCAGCUGUGAUAUUAUUCUGAACACACACUUCAGCCAGAAAGUCUACUCUGCUUCCAAACCAGCCGACAUGUCCAUUCCUAGAGGCCUGCUCUCAGCAGAAAGGUGCAAUCCGUAUUCUCUGUGUAAAAUAUUUGGACUGCUGGAGGUAUUCAGAACCACAGAGGAGAACAAUGCCACACAGAUUGCUACUUCCAAUGCUCUGUGCAGUUUUGGAGGCUCAGGAGUUUUGACAAGACACUGCCUUUCUCUCCUGGAAGCUAUUGAGGGGCUGGGCCAGGCUGGCUCUGUGGGGCAGGACGUGGAGGUGGUGGUCCAGAGAGUGUACUCCAUCCCUGUGCCUGACUACUCUCCUGUUUCCAUCCUCAAGCCCAGAGUUCCCUUCAGGUCUUCCUCAGCUCCUCCUCCUGCAGAAAAAGGCAAAACCAGGCUCUGCAUGCUUGUCCAGGACAGCUACGGGAUGUUCAGUGAGGUCCAGCUCCACCUCCUACCCUUCAAGGACGACCUCCACCACUACUGCCACAUGUGGCAGGGGAGGGCCUGUGUGCUGAGAGGCAUUAAAGUGGUGCAGCGGGUCACCCGAGAAAGGCGCACCAGGCUUUUCAGUUUGAUAGACAGUCUGUGGCCCCCAGUGAUGCCUCUUAAAGAUCAUGGAAACACACCCAGUAUGUCCAGUGAAGGUAGACCUGCAGGUCCAGCUCCGAGUUUCUGCUACCUGCUCUCUGGUCAGGAGAGCUCAGUUGAACCCACUGAGGGUCAGACUGUUUCCCCACUUUACCUUCCCUGCAGAAAACAAACCUUACGAGACCUACUGCAGAAUGAGCUUAAAACUUGCCGCUGCAGUUUUGCUGCCACUGUUAUAUACAAGAGAAUAAUGCAGAGCAGUGAUGUAGGCCAGGGUGAGGUUUGGUUGGUGCUGACAGACCCCAGUCUUCAGGAGGAGCAGCCUGAGAGGCCGUGCAGGCGAACAGUGGCCCUGUGUGUGAACACUUCCUGUGUGCUCACUUCCUCUGUCCUCGAAGCACUAAAUUCCCCCGCUGCCUGUCGCAUGUCAUUCAGAGAUGUCAUCAAAGAUCAUGGUGUUCUCCUGUGUGUGGAGCAGUCAGUUGUUGAGAUGUGCCCUGUGGAUCCUGAGGGCAACCUUCAAUCCGCAUCCAGUACACUGGUUUCACAGUCGCUGUCCGAGCCCCAGGCCAAGACCCUGCCCCAACCUGUGAGACUGGAUCCCCUGAGUCCUGAGAUCACGCCCAACUCCCUCUGCUGUGUCACAGGGGUGAUAGUUGGUGUGGAUGAGAACACUGCUUAUUCUUGGCCUGCCUGCAACCACUGUGGAAGUGACAACUUAGAGAUGUUAGCUGAAAGACCUCAAAACUUCCGCUGUGUUUCUUGUAAGUCAGUGGUGGACAAGCCAGACACAAAAAUUCAACUGGAAGUGUUAUUAAGUUCUUCAUUAAGUAAUUGCACUUUGAAGGUUAAGCUGCAGCAAAAAACAAUCAUGUCCAUCCUAAACACUGCAGCCCUAGAGUGUAAUGAGUUCCCAGGUUACGAUGUGGAGAAUGUCCUGGGAAAAGAGGUGGGGCCCCUCGCCGUUUACGUCCGAGUCGUCACCAGGAAACCCACCCUCUGGAUUGGCCUGGAAGAAAUCUGCCUCUGAGGCUGUCAGGGCAAGUAGCUAAUGAUAUCAAUCCUCAGGCUUCAGCUGGCUCCAAGGAUCUGCACACCAGGCCUUGGUCUGAGCCAGUUUACCUCCCCCCCCGAAGGCCUCCCUGACAGCUUGAGGCUGUGCCAAAGUGAACGGUCUGCAAGAAGACAAGGUCUUGUUUGUGUUAAUGAUAUGUGAUCCUGUGGACCAGGAAUUGACAGCCCAAGGGCAGACCAGUGGCAUGCUGUCUGUCAAAGCAGCCCACGUGGUUCAUCAACUGGGAUGGGACUUUUCAAACAGGACAUUUGACUGUAAACACUUUUUUUUAAGUGGUCUAAAAGAAAAUUAAAAAAAAAACUUUUCCCCCAACUCAUCUACCUCUGUAUUUAAGCUCACUGACACUGCCAAUAAAAGUUGUAUUUUUGCUGA